CAUUUUCUUACGCUGCUCAGUGCCCUCAAUUAAAAAUAAAAUUACAAAAUUUCACUGUUUCUGUUUAUAAAAAAUCGCAUUGCUUAAACGUUCUAGUUAACAUUUAACACAAGUGGUAGUAACGUUGUAGAACAUGUCAACACCCGCACGCAGACGUCUUAUGAGAGAUUUUAAAAGACUUCAGGAGGACCCACCAACGGGUGUUUCGGGUGCGCCAACAGAUAAUAAUAUUAUGAUAUGGAAUGCUGUGAUUUUUGGUCCACACGAUACACCGUUCGAAGAUGGUACCUUUAAGUUAACCAUAGAAUUUACGGAAGAAUAUCCAAAUAAACCGCCAACAGUUCGAUUCGUAUCGAAAGUAUUUCAUCCAAAUGUUUAUGCAGAUGGUGGCAUAUGUUUGGAUAUAUUGCAGAACCGCUGGAGUCCCACAUAUGAUGUGUCAGCUAUUUUAACAUCCAUACAGUCACUGCUGAGCGAUCCCAAUCCCAAUUCACCGGCCAAUUCCACCGCCGCCCAGCUGUAUAAAGAGAAUCGUCGCGAGUAUGAGAAGCGUGUGAAAGCCUGUGUGGAGCAAAGUUUUAUCGAUUAGCCAUGCGCCCACUUUACAGCCUACAACAAAAGCAACAACAUCAUCAGCAGCAGAGCCAGGAGCAACAGCGACUUGCAGAAAGCAACUUCAACAACAACAUGCAAUAAUAUAAACAAGUUUACAUUAAAUAUCAGAUAUAUUUAUAAUAGUUAUAAUGCUAUGAAAUUGUAACAGCGCCUAAAGCAAACACACACACUUCCAUACACACAGGCUCUCUAUACAGACAGCCACGCAUACCCGCGCACACAUCAUACGUACACACAUACAUAAAACACAAUAUAUAUAUAUAUAUAUAUAUGUAUAUGUAUAUAUAUCCGAAGAACAGGGCAGUUUAUAUUUUCGGCAAAUUAUUUUAAUCGAAGACACACGACAAAAGCAUCAACAUAAACAACAACCCACUGAAGCAGCAA